AUGGGGUUAAUUAUGGUCAUGAUCUUGGAAAAACUUGAAGAGAUUCCACCAGAACUUCUCUCCCUCCUUUCAGGCACUGUAACAAAGGACAACCAGAAUGUUUUACCUAUUGCAAGAGAGCUUGGAGGGAUGCCAUGUAUGCGUCCAGCUGAGCAAUGCAUGAAGGGAGCUUUGGCUGAGAAAAGUAAUGGGAUCGAGCUGCAGGAUUCAGUAAGUAGUGCUGAGAGAGACGAAAAGAAUUUGGAAGAGGACAAACAUGAAGAGGCUGUGGUAGAGGAGAGAAAAGAGGCCAGAGAACUGGAGCCAGUUGUGGAAAAGGAUAGAGAGGAAAGCAGUAAAGAACAGGGUUUUGAAGAGGAGGCAGGACCGCAGGAGCGAAAGGCGAAUAGGGACAAGAAUAUGUAUUGGAAGAGGAGGGAACAGUUUUCCAAGGGGAGACUCCAGUUGGAGACAGGGAUAGAGACGAAGGCAGUCAAGAGCAGGUUUCUGAAGAGGAGGGAAGGAUUAAGUUCUGAGGAGGUUGCGAAACAGAAAGUCAAGAAAAGGGCCAAAAAAGACGAGAAUGGCCAGAAGAAACCUGUAUGCAGGGGACGUCAAGUGAUAAAAACAAGAUGCAGUCAGCAUCAAAUGCAUGAGUUUCUGUCAAAUUUAGAAGGGAAUAAAAGAAGCAUAAUUCAAAGUUCAAUCUUCUCAGCCUUCCUUGAUAUUCCUAAACGCUCCAUCCGUCCCUCCAUGGCUCAUGCUUUGAUUGAACGCUAUGAUGCUGAAAUGGAUGCAUUUAUUUUAGCAGGUCAGCCAAAAUGA